CGUUCGCUAUAAAGAAAGGGUCUCGCUCGUCGCCCACUUGAUUAGCAUAUGCGCGCAUCUCGUGUCGCGGAAUCGGUGCUCGCUGCUGCUGGUGUCGGUCGUCGUCGUCCCUCGCCUCGUCUCCCCGCCGUCUCCGCCGGUCGCGGCUCAGCGACCGCCCGCCGGACCGUCGCGGCGAUGUCCGAGGAGGCUGGCCAGCCGCAGCACGAGCGGCCGCACGGGCCGAUGGUGGGCGGCAUCUUCGACGCCCCCGCCGGGCACGAGAACGACCUCCGCACCAUCGACCUCGCCCGCUUCGCCGUCGACGAGCACAACAGCAAGGCCAACGCGGCGCUGGAGUUCGAGAGGGUGGUGAAGGUGAGGCAGCAGGUGGUGGGCGGAUUCAUGCACUACUUCACCAUCGAGGCGAAGGAGGCCGGCGGCGCCAAGAAGCUGUACGAGGCCAAGGUGUGGGAGAGGGCGUGGGAGAACUUCAAGCAGCUCCAGGAUUUCAAGCCCGUCGAACACACCGACGCCUAAUGUAGUGUGCAUAUACCGUCGUCUGGUUACUGAAGCAUGUGGCUUGCGAUCUAGUAUUGGCCUCGCUGGAUAGGUGUGAUAUGAUGAAUAAGACAUGCUGCUUACUACCAGAUGUAAUACACAUGAUUCCAGUUAUGUAAUGCACUGUGUUACUAGUAUUUUUGCGUUCUGGUUGGUGCCCCUUGGCAAUUGCUUGCUUCAAUGUUGUAAUCAGCGCUUGCAUCUGUAUCUUUCACCUUUGUGAGAAUGAAAGAAACUGGCUGCAAGUUCACUGU